AAGAGCUCGUCGGUAUGACACAGUUAACAACGACAAAGUGUCUGUUCUUGUACUUCUGACAGCGCUAAACCUUUCUUUAGCUUACAUUUCAUUUAUUUGGCUUCUUUUGUUAGGCUGUCGUCGAGUUUCAUGCAAACCGUUAAGCACAAUUAACGGCCGGUGGACGGAAUACGAAAGCGGAAGAAGUUUAGCAGCAGCGGCGGGUCAGUUAGCUGAAGUUAGCUUGACUACAGCAGCAGUGACAGGUCUGAACUACACCGGAGCCGUCGAUCUGUGCCUCAGCCGGCUUUACUCCCACAUCCUGCACUGCCUGGUGACAUGAGACGGAGCCUGCCAUACUGAUUUUUCUCCGAUAUGGUCGCGGAGCUGUAACCCGACCAAAGCUUUAAAACAAGUCACGGCUCACCAGGAGUGUCAACCUUCAUCUCUGCCAACAUCCGUCAAGACUGCAGAAAUGCUGACUGACAACAGGAAGCGUCACCGUAGCUGUGACAGUGAGGAGGACCAACAGCUGAGUCCUCAGGCCAAGAGGUCAGGAGGGGGUCCCAGCCUGCUUGUGUCAGAUUUGGACUCAGAGUCUUCCAGCAGCGACAGCAGUAACGGGAUCAGCAGUCCAGAGAGAGCAAUAGUGGCCAGCACCAGGCCGUGUAUACACAGCCAGAACAACUGCAUCUCCCAGCACUCCCUCAGCCCAAAGCCUGAAGACUCUGCCAGCUCUUUGCAGCACGGUUUCCAUGGAGAUGGCAGCAGUGUCUCCUAUGACUACAUCAACAGAGUCCUGAGGGAGGCGCACUUCAGCAGUCUGCAGACCAGAGGGCGCCCAGGCUCGACAUGACCACGACCUGUGACCCCUUUCCUGACCUUUUGUCCCUCACCCAUCAGUGCUGACUUUAGCAGCACAAUGGUCCCUCCUUGAAAGCCUCAAGCGGCACUUGGGUCAAGGGGAAGGGGAUGAUGUGUGGGGAGGUUUACAGAUUUUUGGGCAUGAAGCCACAUCCCCACUUUGCCAUGUACCAUUUGUGAAGACCAUAAGCACAUCCGCCUUUCCAUGGCCCAGCCACUGUGGUUACUGUGCAGUAUUGAUGUGUAUGUGUGAUUGUGUGAUUGUGUGUGCGCGCGCGUGUGUGUGUGCACGCACCCAGUGCACUUUAUAAAGAGGUAUCAUUCUCUUAACAUGCGUGCGUUAAUGAUGCGUGGACAUUUUCAUUGGUGCUAAUCACAAGAAAAGUGUGAUAAUCCAAAGUGCUUGCAAAACUAAAUAAAGAGAAGCACUUUACUCAAUAACUCAUUCUGUUUACUCUCAGCUGGGGAAGUCAGUCGCAUGUUUUUAUCUGUGAAGUGGGAGUUGUUGAAGGAGUCAGUGGAUUUACUCCCAAGGAGCCUCACCAAAACAAUCCUGUUCAACAACAUUUUAGGCCUUAUGUGUUUUCUCUAACCAAAGUGAUGAAGUUAGAUACUGUUCUUGGCAGUUACUUUCACUAUUUAAACGGCUCGAGAACAUUUAAGUGUGGUAGGUCAGCGGGUUCAAGGUAAUGGAACAGAGAGUCUUCAGGAGCCUCACCACCAAAAUCCAACCUCAGAUUAGACCCGGCUAAUUAUAGAGCUGUGAUAGCAAGUACUGGAGUCUGUGGCUCAUAGAGUGGCACGCUGAGCAGAGCACUUCUAACAAAAACAAGCCCUCGAGAAAAAGGUUUUUUAAAAUUAGUAACCAGGUGUUUACUUCUUUUAAACAUUCUACAUAUCGUGUGUAUGUGUGUCAUAAGCCUGUCACCCAUACUGGUUUAUGGAUGGUUUAAUAUGACCAAUACACUGUGUGCAAAUAAAAUAAGAUGUGAUAGUGAUUCAUAUUUUAUGUAAUUUUCCAAAUCAUUUGACGUUGAA